AUGUCCAUCACGGCCCUGCCAGUCGAGUUGAUGUCUAAGGUCUGUAGCUAUCUACAGCCCUCUGAGUGGCGAGAACUCAGAUUAUCAUGUCGCACAUUGUACAAGUCAUCAUUCGCGGGAUUCACUGGUCGCUUCUUUGAAAGAAUUCACUUCAUCGUGACAAUCGAUAGCCUUGGGGAAUUGGAAGCCCUCGCCGAAACAGAUGGUAUUCGAGAACGAGUUCACGAGCUGUGGAUGAUCCCCUCCGUGUUUGAUGGCUCCCAUGCGGCAAGCGAACAUGCUAUUUUCGAAUUUGCCGUGUCAUCGAAAAGUUGUCAGCCGGUAUCUGGCGACGAACUCAAGGCUCGUUUUUCAACAUACAAAGCCUUAGUUGCGGAUAACUCAAGCCUUCUAGAGUCGGAGAAUUUCAGUACGCGUCUGCGUGGGUGCUUAGAAAAGUUCGAUAACCUUGACACGAUCGGACUUGCACAUUAUUCGACGAGCUUCUUACUCGACCCACGACAAGAAAGAGUUCGUUUCCUUGGUUGGCGCCGCCUUAUCAAUCAAAUCGACUUCCGAUUCCGGAGUAAGAACCUCCAGCCGCUUCAUGGUAGCGGAAGCGUAAUGGGAAAAGUUAACUCUCUGGCCGCGUCGAGGCUUUUGCAGGCACUAAACGGGACCAAUCGUAAGAUCAGGAAGUUGCAGACUUGUAAUCCUGAUUACUGUGGUAAUAUUGGCCCAGAAAUACUUCUCGCAGAAGAGCAAUACAGCUCUGUUCAAUCCACUUUGAAUGAUUUAGAGGACCUCCAUGUUUGCACAGCUUUCAGAACCACAAAACGAGCUCAUAUUAUGGAUGCACCGACUUGGGUCACAAUGCUUAUCCAUGUUGCUCCCCGCCUUGAAAGACUUACUAUCUCGCAAGACUAUUACUUUGGAGAGCUUUCUAGCAAAAUCCAAUUUAAUCGCCUUAAAGAGCUCCACCUCCAUAAGACUCGGAUCAAUUCCGAGGAUUUGAAAUCAUUUCUCAUGAAAGCCAAGGGAACCCUCACUGUUUUCACACUAUUUGAGGUGAUCAUGGAAGGUAUCUCGCCAUCAUUGUUGCCAGACCAUUCAUCACUUUGGUAUUCGCCUACCCCAAAAUGGCUUUUGCGAUCUUCAAUCCCGCCUUCUGCGACCUCAACCCCAACAGCCUACAUUCCAACUUCCUCUGCCUACACUUCGACGUCCUCCGCCUACACUCCAGCCCCGAUAGCAAACACUUCAGUCUCAACUCCUUAUUAUGCCCAACCAGCUGGACAGCUGCUAUCCGGACGAGAUUACGCCCCUUCAACACCCUACAUACCCUCUACAGAUCGUGAGGAUGCUCUUUGGAAGUCUGUUUGGAACUUUUUCGGCGAAAACCUAUCGCUACAGAGUUUCUCCAUGGCGAAGAUCGCGGACGGUACCUGUCAGAUCUCUAUUCAAAAGACGGAUGGCUUGAUUGAGCCUAGUGAAAAUGCUAUUUUUGAUGCUGAAACUGCUGGAAUGUCGUUCCGUCAAUGGAUCGACCAAUUCACCUCGAUGCAUUUACUGGAUUCGCCUAGUCCUACAAUGUGGCCCGAUAUCGAUCAAAGUAAGCAAGCCGAAAAGUUGAGCUUUUCAAGAAUAAUUUUAAUGAAAUUUAGAGGCGUGGUCCAACAAAAUGAUACAUACAAACAGCAGCUCCGUGAGCCCUGCCAUAUGUGA